GAAAUAGGGGUAAAAAUUGUAUCCUUUCCUUAAAAGGAGAAACAUAUGACAGGAGGAGUUCAUGUAGAUGUCCUUACUUGGUUUGAUUUUAAACUCUCGCAUUUAAUUAAAGCUGAAAGUUACAUCUGAUGUUCACCUGCUUCAUGCCCUGAUCAGUAGGAAAUUCUGGGAACUCAUAACUCCUUUGUAUUGACUUUGCAGUGUGUGUGUGUGUGUGUGUGUGUGUGUGUGUGUGUGUGUGUGUGUGAAUUUUUCUUUUUCUUAUUUGGCCACAAAACUGUAUGUGUUUUAGCUUGUUUAUUUUUCAUUCCUUGUUUUGGCUAAAAUUGUUUUUCAAGGAACUGACUGACUCCUCAUCUGAUUAACUUCCCUCCUGCGUAUGUGGCUCAUUUCACACUCCACCCUGUCCUUCGAUGGCUUUCUAUUCCAUCACAGAGGUUCGUAUGGAAAAAUAUCCACCUAGUCUAUUUAUGAUGUGUGUUUCUCUAAAACACAUUAUUUCUGAUCUUGAAGCGUAAUGUUUUUAAGUAUGUUUAAAAUUUUUAAAAUGUUUUUAUUUUUGAGAGAGAGAGCGUGUGCAUGCAUGGGGAGGGACAGAGCGAGAGGGAGACACAGACUCCGAAGCAGGUUCCGGUCCCUGAGCUGUCAGCACAGAGCCCGACUAGGGCCCAAACCCACGAACCGCAAGACCAUGACCUGAGGUGAAGUCGGACGCUCAGUUGACAGAGCCUCCCAGGAGCCACUAAAUAUGUUUUUUAAUAGGAACUUGUUCUCUGAAAUGCUUUUGCUGCUGAUGCUGUGGUUCCUUCUGGUUUCGAACUUUUUAAAUUCUGCUCUGGAAAGGUCCUGCUACGUUUCCAUCUUCUUGAUUACCAUCUCUUUAAAUCCUCAGUCCCUCGGCUUUCCCCCCCGUUGUUGAAGUGCAAUGGGUAGUCUGUCUUUGUCUUGUCACAAUUUAUGGGGAGUGACAGCAGUGUGCACUUUAAUAAUAUAGCAACCAAGCCCAUGUAUCAUUGUUUUCUGGCAAAUGUCCUGCCUGGAUAUGCAUCCUUAACGAGGAGUAUGGAUGGUAUUAUGACAGAUGAUGCUGGCCCUCAGCAAAGCAGGCAGCAAACGUGACUUGUCAGUGAUGUCCGGUUACCAGCACUGCUGAGUCCGUUAGUGACCUACUUUUACAUCAUCAGUUCCCAUGCAUACACGUGGCGCUAAGGCAACAUUCUCAUUGCCAGCACCUCCAAAUGUUGCGAAGACAACUAACCGGUUUUUCAGUGUCCCUGGGCCCCGUGGAGUGUGGAGUAGACUCAUCUGUGCACAGCACAGUGCACUGCUUGCCCUUGAACGGUUCACAACCUCUGUCAUUGCUGCCACAUCCGUUCCUGUUCUCUCCCAGCUCUGCGCAGAUGCACAGGCGCACAGAUGUAGCCUGGUGGGCACCCAGCCUACCCCAACCCCUUUUCAGUCUCUCCUUUUAAUCUUCAUUUACCUUCCCCCACCUCUGACAGCUCUCUGGGUUAUGAAACCAUUCACUUCACCAAUAAAGAUUUUUAUUUAUUUGUUUCUAAAGUUCAUAGCCUGUACCAGGCACUCUGCCGGGUGCUGAGACACAGCUGAGUAUAAGACACACAUGGUUCCUACCUCCCUAACACCCACUGUCUGGUGGGGGAGACAGACAAAGAAGCAGGAACUUACAGUCACGUGUGGUAAGUGCUGUGAUGGGGAUGGGGUUGGGGCUGGGGGUCCUGCGAAUCCAGGGCAGAGGACCGCCUAACCUACUGGUUCAAAGGAGGAUUUCCAGAGGGAGUGACACCUCAGUUAGGACCUGAAGAAUAGAGGUGGGGGACAACCUUCCACUUUCGAGAAGUCUGGCUUGUUAUCAGCUGGAGUAUGACGGGGAGACAGCGUGGAACAAGGGCUGGAAAGACAGCAGGACCUUACCCUGAGAUCAACAGAAAGCCUUUAGGGUUUGCAGCAAGAGAUUGGCAUGAUUUGCCUUUGAGAAGGACCUCUCCGACUGCAGGGUGGAGACUGGCCUGGACCAGGGCAAGCGUAAAUGAAGGGUGACCAGUUGUUAGACUGUGGAAGAUGACCCAGUGAGAGCUGUUAGUGGCCUGGCCCAGCCAGGAGACAAGGCUGGAGAAGGGACCUAAGGAAUAUUUAACCCACCUCUGCUUUCUAGGGACACAAAUGAUGCUUGGCCCCUGAAAAUGAGGGCUUGUCCCACACCUGGAUCUCCAUCUGUUAGCUUCCUACUAAGCAAGACAUCUUCAUGGAUACAGACACUCUUAACAGGUUCCCUGUCCCUUUCUGGGUUUCCACAUUCUAGGGCCAAACACUGGAUUGGUUGUGCAAUGGCCAUAAUCAUCACCUGGCUCUUCUGUUAUCUCUGUAGAACCCUAGAGUCCAGAAAGUUAGAGCAGAGUGAUUCUUUAAGGUUCGUCCUGUCCAGUCCUCCACAUUUUAGCAGUGACUAGUUGAUGGCCCAAACGAGGGAAAUGACUCGCUCAAACCCCCUCAGAGCAUUGGGAUUGGAACCGGAUGUUUCCGUUCCUGGGUAGGUGAUUCUUUGGGCUUAAACAACUGCUUCCUGGACUGGUUUGACUAUGUGUGUGUGUUACUCAGCGCGUUUUGCGUCUCCCACUCUUCCUCAGCUGCAGUGGACUCCUCUGAAAAUGUGUGGCAGGUAAAUAAAUCAAGGUUGGUCUUGGGUGUGCCCUUCUUUUAAGGCCCUGGGCUUGCCCUGAAGGAACAGUGUGUUAUCUUCUAGCUCUGCCUUUUCUGUCAUGUUUACUGCUUGUUUUGUCACUGACAGCAGUGAACUCUGAUCCUAGAUUCCCCUUUCUUGAGCCAUUGGUGGGUGGCAGGGAUCACAAGGACUCUGGGGACUUCUUUCGGGUUUUAUUGUGGUGACAGGCGGUCCUGCUCCAUCUCUGUCCUUUACAGCCCGGCCGCCAGGAGCCUGGCCUUGGGAAUCAGACUAGGCUUGAAUCCUAGCUCUGCCACUUGCCCACUGGGCAAGGUUCUCAUCAGUGAAAUAGGGACAGGCAGACUGCAGAUUUUAAAAAGUAAUAAAUGGGAAGAAGUCCAGUACAGGGCCCUUCACAUGGCUGAUGCUCAAUAAAUGGUGACUAUGUUUACGCUAGAUUAUUGUUCUCUGUCUCCUCAUUGCAGUUGGCCAAACUGUAGAUUUAAUCACCACAUUACCUGUUGACCACCAGUUGCCCUGUGUUGAUUCCCUGAUGAGAUUUCAGGAGGGUGGGAUCUUUGUUUCCACCCUUCUGAGUGAUAGAUUGUAAAUUCUUGUCUCUCUCACCCUCCCUGAACCUUGUCAGUUAAAGCUGCCAGACUCUGGAAACAGUGAAAAACCAGUGGGCAGUGAGGGUCUUCAGCCUGUGGGACAAGUGGCCAAAGCAGGGGAACAGAGGUUAGUGUUCCCUGCUUUGGAAGCUAGCUUAAAUUUUUCUUUUCUUUGAAACUUUUUGUGCAGUCGCUCUUGUGCUCUGAAGAAACACAGAAAUGACUGCAAAGAAAGGGCAAGGUGGUCCAGAGCCAUCCUCUUCAGAUGCGGGAUUAGAAAGUGGCGGGAGGUAAUAUUUGAGGCCAGAACAGGGAAAUGUAAUGAGUGGUGAGCUUCCAGAUUCUGCUUAGUGGGAUAACCACAUGGUCUUAGUGAAAGAAAAGAGGAAAGUGACGGUGGAAAUAACAAUUUCAGUAAUGCCUGCUUACCGUUCUCCGUAAGAACUCUGCCCUGGAGUGAGCACGACAUGGCUGUUGAGGAAGGUUUUCACAGAGCUAAGCGAAAAUCUUCACAAACAAAGAACCUAUUUUAUUACAGAGAAGCAUCCAAAGACAAACAUCAACUUGAUCUGGUAUUCAGUCAGGCUCUAGACCAAGAUAGAACAGCCUUACAGAAAGUGAAGAAGUCUGUCAAAGCAAUAUAUAAUUCCGGUCAAGAUCACGUACAAAAUGAAGAAAACUAUGCACAAGUUCUUGACAAGUUCGGAAGUAAUUUUUUAAGUCGAGACAACCCAGACCUUGGCACUGCUUUCGUCAAGUUUUCUACUCUUACAAAGGAACUGUCCACACUGCUGAAAAAUCUGCUCCAGGGUCUGAGCCACAAUGUGAUCUUCACCUUGGACUCCUUGUUGAAAGGAGACCUAAAGGGAGUCAAAGGAGAUCUCAAGAAGCCGUUUGACAAAGCUUGGAAAGACUAUGAGACAAAGUUUACAAAAAUUGAGAAGGAGAAGAGAGAGCACGCAAAGCAGCAUGGAAUGAUCCGCACGGAGAUCACGGGAGCCGAGAUCGCAGAAGAAAUGGAGAAGGAGAGACGCCUCUUCCAGCUCCAAAUGUGCGAAUAUCUCAUUAAAGUUAAUGAAAUCAAGACCAAAAAGGGUGUGGACCUGCUGCAGAAUCUUAUAAAGUAUUACCACGCUCAGUGCAAUUUCUUUCAAGAUGGCUUGAAAACGGCUGAUAAAUUGAAACAGUACAUUGAAAAACUGGCUGCUGAUUUAUAUAAUAUAAAACAGACCCAGGAUGAAGAAAAGAAACAGCUAACUGCACUCCGAGACUUAAUAAAAUCCUCUCUUCAACUUGAUCAGAAAGAAGAUUCCCAGAGCCGGCAAGGAGGGUACAGCAUGCAUCAGCUCCAGGGCAACAAGGAAUAUGGCAGCGAGAAGAAGGGCUACCUGCUGAAGAAAAGCGACGGGCUCCGGAAAGUGUGGCAGAGGAGGAAGUGUGCAGUCAAGAACGGGAUCCUGACCAUCUCACACGCCACGUCUAACAGGCAACCCGCUAAGCUGAACCUCCUCACCUGCCAAGUGAAACCAAACGCCGAGGACAAGAAGUCUUUUGACCUGAUAUCACAUAAUAGGACGUAUCACUUCCAGGCAGAGGAUGAGCAGGAUUAUGUAGCAUGGAUCUCCGUAUUGACAAAUAGCAAAGAAGAGGCCCUGACCAUGGCCUUCCGUGGAGAGCAGAGCACGGGAGAGAACAGCCUGGAAGACCUGACGAAAGCCAUCAUUGAGGACGUCCAGCGGCUCCCUGGGAAUGACGUCUGCUGCGAUUGUGGCUCGUCAGAACCCACCUGGCUUUCAACAAACUUGGGCAUUUUGACCUGUAUAGAAUGUUCCGGCAUCCAUAGGGAAAUGGGGGUUCAUAUUUCCCGCAUUCAGUCUUUGGAACUAGACAAAUUAGGAACUUCUGAACUCUUGCUGGCCAAGAAUGUAGGAAACAAUAGUUUUAAUGAUAUUAUGGAAGCAAAUUUACCCAGCCCCUCACCAAAACCCACCCCUUCAAGUGAUAUGACUGUACGGAAAGAAUAUAUCACUGCAAAGUAUGUAGAUCAUAGGUUUUCAAGGAAGGCCUGUUCGUCUUCAUCAGCUAAACUGAAUGAAUUGCUCGAGGCCAUCAAAUCUCGGGAUUUACUUGCACUAAUUCAAGUCUAUGCAGAGGGAGUAGAGCUAAUGGAACCACUGCUGGAACACGGACAGGAGCUUGGGGAGACAGCCCUACAUCUUGCAGUCCGAACUGCAGACCAGACCUCUCUCCAUUUGGUUGACUUCCUUGUGCAAAACUGUGGGAACCUGGAUAAGCAGACAGCCCUGGGCAACACGGCUCUACACUACUGCAGUAUGUAUGGUAAACCCGAGUGUUUGAAGCUUCUUCUGAGGAGCAAGCCCACCGUGAGUGUCGUGAACCAGGCUGGGGAGACUGCCCUGGACAUAGCAAAGAGGUUGAAAGCCACCCAGUGUGAAGAUCUGCUGUCCCAGGCUAAAUCUGGGAAGUUCAACCCACACGUCCACGUGGAAUAUGAGUGGAACCUGCGUCAGGAGGAGAUGGAUGAGAGUGACGACGACCUGGAUGACAAACCGAGCCCCAUCAAGAAAGAGCGCUCGCCGAGGCCUCAGAGCUUCUGCCACUCCUCCAGCAUCUCCCCCCAGGACAAGCUGUCACUGCCAGGGUUCAGCACCCCGAGGGACAAGCAGCGGCUGUCCUACAGCGCCUUCACCAACCAGAUCUUCACCUCCGCAAGCACAGACUCGCCCACGUCACCAACCACAGAGGCACCCCCGCUGCCUCCGCGAAACGCCGGGAAAGGUCCAACUGGCCCUCCUUCAACACUCCCUCUAAGCACCCAGACCUCUAGUGGCAGCUCCACCCUGUCCAAGAAGAGGCCUCCUCCCCCACCACCCGGACACAAGAGAACCCUAUCCGACCCUCCCAGCCCACUACCUCACGGGCCCCCAAACAAAGGCGCAGUUCCUUGGGGGAACGAUGUGGGUCCAUCAUCGUCAAGUAAGACUGCAAAUAAGUUUGAGGGACUAUCUCAGCAAUCGAGCACCGGCUCUGCAAAGACUGCCCUUGGCCCAAGAGUUCUUCCUAAACUACCUCAGAAAGUGGCACUAAGGAAAACAGAGACCAGCCAUCACCUCUCCCUGGACAAAGCCAACAUCCCACCCGAGAUCUUUCAGAAGUCCUCACAGUUGGCAGACUUACCGCAGAAGCCACCACCCGGAGACCUGCCCCCGAAGCCCACAGAACUGGGUCCCAAACCCCAAAUUGGAGAUUUGCCUCCUAAGCCGGGAGACCUGCCCCCCAAGCCCCAGCUGGGAGACCUGCCCCCCAAGCCCCAGCUGGCAGACUUACCCCCCAAGCCACAGAUGAAGGACCUCCCUCCCAAACCGCAGCUGGGAGACCUGCUGACAAAGUCCCAGGCUGGGGACGUGUCGCCCAAGGCCCAGCAGCCCCCAGACGUCACCCAGAAGUCACACCCGGUGGAUCUCUCCCCGAACGUGCAGUCCCGAGACACCAUCCAAAAGCAAGCAUCCGAAGACUCCAACGACCUCACGCCCACUCUGCCAGAGACGCCCGUUCCGCUGCCCAGGAAAAUCAAUACGGGCAAAAACAAGGUGAGGCGAGUGAAGACCAUCUACGACUGCCAGGCGGACAAUGACGAUGAGCUCACCUUCAUGGAGGGGGAAGUGAUUGUGGUCACAGGGGAGGAAGACCAGGAGUGGUGGAUCGGGCAUAUUGAAGGACAGCCUGAGAGGAAGGGGGUCUUUCCAGUGUCCUUUGUUCACAUCCUGUCUGACUAGCAAAGAGCAGGACCUUAAGAUUGUCCACAUCUUCACGCAAGACUGCCGCCUCCACGUACUCCCGUGCACACGUGUAUAUAGCUGCUGUUACAGAACGAGGGACUCACUCCAGGGCCACCUCAGGAGGGGAACGUAGUGUGUGUUGUAAAUAGUCCGUGGUCUUCCGCCUUCGCCAGUAUUAGGGUAGCCCUGGGACCCGGCGCGCCUUACUGGUUUGCCAAAGCCAUCCUUGGCGUCUAGCACUUAACAUCUCUAUGCUGUUCUCCGAGCAAACAGACAAAAACAGGAAUAUAGCAACUGCUGGCUUCGCAAGGAGAAGUGGUCUCCAGCAGCCGUCGAAAGGCGUAGAAUUGACUCGUGUUCCUAACAAAACAGUAUUCUCCAUUGUGUUACUGAAAACGCAGCGUUAGCAGAGAGGUGGGUUCUGUUCUCCAGGUGAAAUUAGCUCCAUGACAGAACGGCCUGUAGCGGUCUGUGUGCACGGUUCACAGCCACAAAAACCUACUUGGGUAUUUAUUACAGAGAAGUGCUCGGUUAAACCUAAGUGUUGCUCCUUCGGCAAAAUAAAAUACUCACCGGCCCAAACCCUUUGGUGGCAGUUGACCGUCCCCACCGCCUCAGGCAGGCUAGGCGCGGGCGGUCUAUCCUGUCUUACGGUGACGAGUGCCCGCCCCUGAGAUAUUACCUCAUUAUGCAGAAAUAACAUAUCCUUCACGACUAUUUUGACAAAAGCUUAAAACACAUCUGGUGAAGUUCAACUUUCAGGAACCGAGGACCGCCAGGAAACAUUAGCCUCUACAUUAUGCAUGCAUUUAGAAGCUUACCUGAAAUCUGCCUUUUAUAAAGGAACAGUACGGACAAGGUGAACUGUACAUUUUUUAAACUUGAUCGCCAUUAAAGCAGAAAUUAUAAGGUUGCGACAA